AGGGGGACGCCGAGGGAGCAGGACGGAGCCAUGGACCGGGCCAGGAAAGCAGGUGCCCAGGCAGGGAUCUGGGCUACGGGUUGGCUGCUGCUUCUGCCGCUGCUGCUUCACCAAGGAGCGCAGGCCCUGGAGUGCUACAGCUGCGUGCAGAAGGCAGAUGACGGAUGCUCCCUGCACAAGAUGAAGACGGUGAAGUGCGCGCCGGGCGUGGACGUCUGCACAGAGGCCGUGGGGGCGGUGGAGACCAUCCACGGACAAUUCUCAGUGGCAGUACGAGGCUGCGGUUCGGGACUCCCGGGCAAGAAUGACCGCGGCCUGGACCUGCACGGGCUUCUGGCCUUCAUCCAGCUGCAUCAGUGCGCGCAGGACCGCUGCAACUCCAAGCUCAACCUCACCUCGCGCUCGCUCAACCCCGCAGGCAAUGAGAGCGCCUACGAUCGCAACGGCGCCGAGUGCUACAGCUGCGUGGGGCUGAGCCGCGAGGCGUGCCAGGGGACGGCGCCGCCCGUGGUGAGCUGCUACAACGCCGGAGACCGCGUCUACAAAGGCUGCUUUGAUGGCAACGUCACCUUGACGGCAGCUAAUGUGACUGUAUCCUUGCCUGUCCGGGGCUGUGUCCAGGAUGAGUCAUGCACCCGGGAUGGGGUGACAGGCCCGGGGUUCUUACUCAGCGGCUCCUGCUGCCAGGGGUCCCGCUGUAACUCCGAUCUCCGCAACAAGACCUACUUCUCGUCUGGAAUACCACCCCUUGUUCUUAUGCCCCCUCCAAAGCCCACCACUGUGGCCUCAACCACUUCUGUCACCACUUCCACCCGGGUGCCAACUACCUCCACCUCCACCACCAAGCCCCCCCCAGCCCCAACCAGCCAGACCCCUCCAAAGGAAGGAGAGCUUGAGGGAUCGAGGAAAGAGGAGUCCAGCGUGGCUGGAGGCGCCGUUGUCCACCAGGACCGCAGCAAUUUGGGGCAGUACCCCACAAAAGGUGGGAGCCAGCAGCUCCCUAAUAAAGGCUCUGCAGCUCCCGCGGCAGGGUUGGCGGCUCUACUGUUGACCGUGGCCACUGGUGUCCUACUAUGAGCUUCUCCACCUGGAAACUUCCCUCUCACCUGCUCCCCUGGCCUUGCCCCCCACCUCUUCCCAUGACUUCCCUAUCCCGCCAGUGGACUGGGCUGG